UGGGUGGGUGUCUAUCUAAAAAAAAAUUGAGCAGUUGAAUGAUCCGUUGCGAUUUAGUAGUAUUGGAUCUUAAAUUAAGGUUAUUUAUCCCAUAGAUAAGGUCUUUAAACUCAUGAAACUCAUUUCCCCCUCACCAUAUACGGUAAAUAAUGUCAAAUUGUUCAAAAAAAAAAAAAAUUGAGCGGUUAAUUUUUGCCAAUUUUUUGGAAAAAAUAAAAAUAAAUAUUUUAUUAGGAGUGAAAAAGGAAGACCAUUGGAUCUGGGCUCAGAAGAAUAAGAUCCACCCUUCACAUUCAUUCAUAGAAACCAUCGACCUCUCUCCCCUUAGCAUCCUCUUUGAAACCCUAGUCUGUACACCAUCAAACUCAAACCCAUCAUCUCGUCCUCCCCUCUCUCAAAUUGGAUUCCCAAAACCACCCCAUCUCCCAAAUUGGAUUUAUAAAACCACUUUUACUCUGGCAUAUUUGAACCUGAAACCACUAUCCAAGCCUCCAGGUUGCAGUCGUUGAUGCGAUCGAAUGAGUUGCAACACUGCGCUUAAAGAGUGAAAAAUCAAGGAUGGGUUCUCAAUUUUUAUGUUUCUUUCUUUGGAUUCUGAGGCUGAUCGGUGAAAACCCAUUGGUAAAGGACCAGAUUUUGCUCCUCAAUCAACUUUCGACCCUCCUCGAUCCCUAGUUCAUCUCGCCGGCAACUCUAGACUAGAUGCUUGUCUGGCAAUCGGAUUUCUCUAGAAGUUACUCGACUAUCUAUUUAGUGAGUAGAUAUGUUUUCUAGCAAGUGCUUGAUCUGUUUAUUUGUCUUCCAACCUAUGCGGUAUUAGCAUAUUGUUUUGAUUGUUUUGUUAUUAAGUUAAUUUUGUGUGUUUUUCUAUAUUGGUGAAUGGAGGAAGUGUCAAUGUUUAUUGUAAGGUUUGAGAACCCUUUCACUCUCUAUCAAUAAAAUUACUUUUGCUGAAAGAAAGUGUAUUGUUUUGCUUAAUUUUCUUUACUUGAAUUAAUUUUAUUUCCUAUUAAACACAUUCUUUUUGUCAUAAUUUUCUUUGCAGUUUAUACUUCUAUAUAAGAAUAUCUCUGUUUCAUAGGAAAUACUAACGAAGUAUUUUACUCCUUGGUUGGAGUUUGAUUCCUCACUUGCCUUCACUUAAUUUCAGCUAUAAGGGACUCUGUUCUCAUUCUGUUUCAAGUGAUUUUUGUCCUCUUUUUUUUAGUAGAAACAUCAAGUCUUAGCAGUGAAUGCACUCUUAGGAGUAUAGCACAGGCCUAUGGUUUAUGGUCUAAGGCAAUUUUUGUGCUCUAUUUCCAUGCAAAAUGUCUUUAUUUGGUGGGUACUAGAAUGCUUGUCGUCCUUGUUUACUUAGUAGAUUGAAAGUAUUCUAUGUUUAUGUUGUAGUUUGGAGGAAUUGAUUCUAUUGAAAAAUUAGAAUUCUUUUAGUUGUUUUCCUUUCAUUUAUUUAAGCAUAUUGUUUUUUGAAUUUGUAAGUCUAUUAAUAAAUUAUGGAAAAGGUGGAUUAUAGACAUAAAGAAUUACUAUUCCUAUUUUUGUAUUUUUUCUUCUUGAUUUGUGGAAGAUAAGAAUAAGGGAGAAUUAAUUUUGCUUAUGCAUUUUACAUCUACUUGAUGCUGUAAGCUAAGGUACUAAUUUUAUUGUGUUGUGUUAGGCAUAGUUAUCAAAGAUGGUUCUUGAUGUCAAUAUAUCUCGCAUGGAUUCACAUAAUAUUUUAGGUUUUUAAAUCCGACAUUUCUACUUUGCUUUAUGUCAUUGGAUCAUUUUAAUGGUUUACUGAUAUCACUGAUUUCUAUUUUUCCUUGAAUUCAAGCUAGUGCAAAUGUUAAUGUUAAGUUGUGCAUGGAAAUUUGCGGCAAUCAAGGUGAAAAGAUCGAGACUUGGAAAUGAGCAUAUAUAUAGCCAAGAUUUGGUAUCUCUGGUUAAGGCAGAAUUUCAACUAGAGACCUUGUAUUUUUUGAUAGUCUUGGAUGGUAAAUUAAACUCUUGUAUUUGAAGAUCCAUUUGUUGAUAUUAUGGAAAAUUAUCGUUUAUAAUGUUAUUGUCAAAUUUAUUCUUUCUAGCUAUUUAAUUAAGGUUUGUCUUUUAA